AUGGACGCCUUCAAGUCUCAAUCGCUCAGCAAUCCACGCCUCGAUCCGCCCGGUUAUCAGUCAUCCGAUCUGUAUUCUCGCGUUGACUACUCCCUUAUCAACUCUUCUCCAUAUUUCUCUUAUUCGACUCAUCCCUCAUUCGUCGACAUGGAAAUGGAAGUUCCUUCCCUUUGUCCUGUCAGAAGCCUCCCGGUCGCGCCUUCGUUGUCCCUCAUGCCUACGCUCUCAAACCCAGGCCUUGACGUAGAGACAAAUGCAAAUCAGCAGUUCGGCCAUCAUCCGACUCGAAAGUCCAAAUCCCGCCGAGUUCGUAAGCAGGUGCACUCGUGCUCUAGACCUCCGGACCGUGAGAUCUAA